UUUUUUUUCUUUCUUUUUUUCUUUUUCUUGUUGUCUUUUUAGGCAUUUCUUUCUUUUCUAUAAAUAUCUCAUUCUUUACUACCUCUUUUAAACUACUUUUACUUUGUACUUUAUUAUUAUUAUCAUUAUCUUACUCUCCUCUUUGAAGACUACCCAUUACAUAAUUUGCUAAUGGAAACUUAUUUGGACGAUGCUUCUUUUACUGGUGAAGAAUAUGAAGAUCCUCGUUGCCAAGGAUGUACUCUUCCUAUAGACGACGGUUCUGUAGUUCAAUUUGGUGAUGGUAUAUGGCAUUUCGAAUGUUUUCGAUGCUCAAAAUGCCAAGAACUAGUGGAAUGCUAUAGCAAUCUUUUAUUAUUACGUGACGGAAGUCCAAUCUGUGAACGAUGUUCAUACAAUUGUCAUAUAUGUCACAAAACGAUUAAAGACGAAGCUAUCAUGACUGGUGAAGAAGCCUAUCAUGCGGAAUGCUUCCGGUGUAUUCAAUGUGAUACCAAAAUCGAGGAUCUAGUUUUUACACAGACAAGCAAGGGUAUCUUCUGUACAAAGUGUCAUGAAGCUCGAAAACAGCUACGUCAAAAACGGAAAGAAGAAAAGCUUCGACAGCAACAAAAACAACAAGAGCAACUGGAUGAUCAUCGAAAGAAUCAUCACAACUCAAUGAAUCCUAGUCUUGACAUCGAUACAUCUAUAUAUUCUCGUCGUGUAUUGCCUCUGGACAAGUGGCAAAAUGAAGCAAUGAGUAGGCAACUUUCAACAAAUUCUAUUCUAAACGACUAUGUUGACCCGAUUCAUAUUCAACAAUUAUCGACAUCUGACCUAUCUGUAAAACCUUCAUCAAUUUCAGUGUUAUCGGCACAAGAAUUAGCAGAACUCGAAACUAUGUUGAAUGCGGCAAUAGAUGGUGGAUUAAACGAUGACAAUAUCCCAAGUCCUCCUCCUGAACUUCGUGGCGUUCCUUCUUCUACAUACAACAAAUCGACUGAUCUACAACAAGAACUUGAGUACACGAAGCAAAAGUUACAUCAAGUGGAAACGGAUUUCAACAAGGUCAAGACAAUGAGUCGGAAAGCUCUGGAAGAAUUCAACAAGAUGAAAGAAGAAUACAAUGCGGAAAUAACGGCUAGGCGAGAAGCAGAAGAAAAAUUGGCCAAACUACAAGAUGAAAUCUCCUUUUAUCAUCAUUUGAAUAUAUUUGGUCCCACUGAAUUUGCUCAAUAUUCAAGAGAUGAAUUAGGACAACUACAUAAAGUCAAGGUACAAGUUGAACAAUCGGUGAAUGAUAUUCGAAAGCAACGUGACAUUAUUCUCGCUGAUAUUGAAAGACAAAAACAUGCACACUGGGAUCGAUUCUCACAAGCACAUCAACAACACUUAAUUUCUCUGCAGCAUGACACAGACCACGCCAAAUUAGGAUAUGCACGACUGGUCAAGGCAAGAGAUGAUAUUAUUUCAGAAAUGAUUAUGCUCAACACCAAGAACGCGGAAUUAUCUAGUCUCAACAAUGAUUUAUCUCGACGUAUGACAGAACGCGAACGUGAAGCUAUUGCGGUGAUGGCAGGUACCAGCUUUUUGACUAACGAACCUUCAUCAUCUACCAUCACAUCACCCCCGACGGAAUCUGGUAGUGGACGACAAUCUCCAGAUCAUCUCAAACAACUUGUUAGUCCGAAAUUGACGGCUCAUCGUGAUAGUUUCAAUGAUGCGGCAGCAGUAGCACCUCCUCGACGGUUCAAAUUCAGAAGAAAUCGAAGCAGAAGCAAUAGUGCACAAGACAAUAGUGACAAGAAGGACACAAAUGGCAAUGAUACCUUGAUCAGUGUACCAUACGAUACUAAUAUACCCGUUGUAGAAAAGUCUCAUGGAGCAGAUCACCAAUUACGCGUAGGAAAUCAUCUCUUCAAUCAAACAAAGUUUUUACGGCCAACUAAAUGUGAUGUAUGCAAUGAAAAGAUGUGGCGUGGUAGUGAAUUGAAAUGUCAAGAAUGCAGCAUUGUUUGCCACACCAAAUGUGUUUACCGUACGACAACCUGUCAACGCAAAGUAAGCUCUGACUCUUCAAACUCGGAUUGUUCUCAAAAAGUAUCAAUUUCAAUUCAAUCAGAAGACAACAAUAUUCCUUUGGUGGUUCGGAAAUGCAUUGAAGCUGUGGAACAAAGAGGAAUGGAUUAUGAAGGGAUUUAUCGGAAAUCGGGAGGUAUUGGACAAGUUCGAUCUAUUCAACAAGCUUUUGAACAAAAUGAAGAUAUAGAUCUUUGUGACAGUGACGAAUGGAAUGAUAUAUGUGCCAUCACCAGUGUAUUGAAACAGUAUUUCCGUGACCUGCCUAAUCCUUUAUUCACCUUUGAACGUCAUCAACAAUGGGUGGAUGCUAUAGUAUCCGGUGACAAGAAUACAGAAGACACAUUCCAAAAGUUAUUAUAUUCUUUACCAAUUGAACAUUAUAAUACUCUCAAAUAUCUUAUGCAACAUUUGGCAAAGUAAGUUCAAGAAAGACUGAAUACCCUAUUUUUUUUUUUUUUUUU